AUGGGAGCAGCCAUCCGCGUUUUGCCCAAUAGGGCCGCAAGAGCAGCGAGUCUCCUCCGCACAAUCCAGUUCUCUCACCCGCCGUCAUGCCCCUGCCACUCCAACCCGAGCCACCACCACCACCCCCACCAUGCGCCAACCACGUCGUCCAUUGUCUCGCGCUUCGCGGACCGCACAUCCUCCAACCUCCUCGGCGGCGGUGCCCGGCGCAGCUACGCGACGCCGCGCGACCCGGCCCAGCAAAAGGAGUACGCGUUCGAGAUGGCCGCGUCCUCCAUCCGCUUCGGGCCCGGGGCGACGCGGGAGGUCGGCAUGGACCUCAAGAACCUGGGCGCGAAGCGCGUGUGCGUGGUGACGGACGCCACGGUCGACAAGCUGGAGGCGAUGCGGCAGGUGCGGGAGGCGCUGGACGGCGAGGGGAUCGAGUACGUGGUGUAUGCGAACGUGAAGGUUGAGCCGAAGGAUUAUUCCGUCAAGGAAGCUAUCGAGUGGGUCAAGCCGCACCGGCCGGACGCCUUCCUGGCCGUGGGCGGCGGCUCGGUCAUCGACACGGCCAAGCUCAUGAACCUGUACACGUGCUACCCGGACGCGGACUUCCUCGACUUCGUCAACGCGCCGCUGGGCAAGGGCCGGCCCAUCGACCGCAAGCUGCACCCGCUCAUCGCGGUGCCCACGACGGCCGGCACGGGCAGCGAGACGACGGGCACGGCCAUCUUCGACCUGGCCUCGCGGCGCGCCAAGACGGGCGUCGCCCACCGCAACCUCAAGCCGACGCUGGGCAUCUGCGACCCGCUCAACACGCGCACCAUGCCCGCCGCCGUGCGCGCCAGCUCCGGCCUGGACGUGCUGUGCCACGCGCUCGAGUCGUGGACCGCGAUCCCCUUCAGCGAGCGCGUCCCGCGCCCCGCCAACCCCAUCCUGCGCCCGGCCUACCAGGGCGCCAACCCCAUCAGCGACAUCUUCUCGCUCAGCGCGCUGCGCGCCACCGUCAAGUACCUGCCCCGCUCGGUCCGCGACCCGGACGACUUCGAGGCCCAGAGCGAGAUGCUCCUGGCCGCCACGCUGGCCGGCGUCGGGUUUGGGAAUGCCGGGGUGCAUCUUUGCCAUGGAAUGUCAUACCCCAUCUCCGGCCAAAACCCAGCGGGGUACAAGCACAGCGGCUACGCAGUGGACGGGCCGAUCAUACCGCACGGGGUGUCGGUGGCGGUGACGGCGCCGGCGGUGUUCCGGUUCACGGGGCCGUCGAACCCGGAGCGGCACCUGGCGGCGGCCGAGGCGUUCGGCGUCGACGUCAGCCGCGUCAAGCGCGAGAGCGCCGGCGAGGUCCUUGCCGACGCGCUGACCCGCUUCCUGGCCGACCUGGGCGACCAGCCGGCCGGCCUCCGGGCACUCGGCUUCGGCCGCGAGCAUGUCGACGACCUGGUCGAGGGCACGAUCCCGCAGGCCCGCGUGCUGGUGCUGGCGCCCGGCUUGGCGAAGGAGCUUGAGCAGGAGCGGGACCAGCUGCGGCGGCUGUUUGAGGAUGCGAUGGAGCAUUGAGGGUGGGCGGGCAGUGAUGGAUGGGAUGGGAUGGCGGAGCGGCCGGGUUAUUAAUUGUGUUGUAUCCAGCUUGGGAUUGUUGCAAAGGGUGAAUGGGAUGAUCAUCGGUAACCCCCUUCCUGGACUAGCAACUCCUAUCCAAGGUCAUUCAGGUUACAAUCAAGCCGACAUGUCCAAGUUACACCGCAAUGCAACGCAGUCACAAC